CAGUCUGGCACAGGUGUACCGGCUCCUCCCCUUCAGUCUGGCACAGGUAUAGAGGCUCCUCCCCUUCAGUCUGGCACAGGUAUAGAGGCUCCUCCCCUUCAGUCUGGCACAGGUAUAGAGGCUCCUGCCCUUCAGUCUGGCACAGGUGUACCGGCUCCUCCCCUUCAGUCUGGCACAGGUUGUACCGGCUCCUCCCCUUCAGUCUGGCACAGGUAUAGAGGCUCCUCCCCUUCAGUCUGGCACAGGUAUAGAGGCUCCUCCCCUUCAGUCUGGCACAGGUAUAGAGGCUCCUCCCCUUCAGUCUGGCACAGGUGUACCGGCUCCUGCCCUUCAGUCUGGCACAGGUGUACUGGCUCCUCCCCUUCAGUCUGGCACAGGUAU